UCAGCUGAUCGCGUGGAUGAAUAACCUAAUAUCUUCGAAAGAUCACGGUGAUUCGAGUGUAUGUGUUGUUUAUUCCAAAGUAUCACAUAAAUAUAAGGAUUUAUAAUUCUAAUAUACAUCAUAUGGGAAAAGGAUGUCGUGGAUCGUGAACUCUGUACGCGCUGCGAUAAACACAUGGACCCCGCAAGUAACGCCGGUACGAUUUCGCUAUCACGCGAACAAGUUGGCAAGAGGCCCUUUAUUACGGCGAUAUGGAUACGUAGAUCCUAUAGACAUGACAGGUCUCUUACCGCGUAAUAGCAAUAAAAAACUACCAAUGCCGAUCUAUCGUCCAUCAGAUGUUUGGUCCGAGAAGAAGGCACUGUUCGGUCAGAACGACUACAUCGACAUAUUGGGCUCCGACAAACUCCAUCCGACAAGAAUUCUCUAUAAAGUACCUUCAUGGUUGAGAGGUGUGCACGGCAAUGAAUUUCAAGUUCUGUUAAGAAAGAAAAAAAUGUGGCAGAAAGGUAUAUAUCCAAUUGCGAGACCCACAAAGUGGAACCAACUAGAAAAAAGAAUACGUUAUUUGUAUAAAUUCCUGAAUCGUAAAACGAAGAGUUAGUGUUCGUCUGGCUAAAGUGCAAAUGACAUAUGUAUGUAUAAUAAUUUUAAUUUAAUUCUCAAAUCUAGUUGAAAUGUUUUCCAACACUUUUUGAAUUUUUUUCUUUCUCUUCAGGUGACGUUUUGUAAUUGCUAUUAGAAACGAUUCAUUGUUUUUAAUAAUAAUUAUGAAAAAUAUAAAAUAAUGAAUUUAUUUAUUGACAAAUUAUCCAUCGGAUAUACGAUUAUUUCACAACAUUGAAGAACGCAAAUACUUUUCUCGCUGAGACGCGGAUCUUCAUCGUAGAAAGAUGAGAGGCGUACGAUUCCUUUCUAUCACAUACGAUAUAUAUACAUAGUCACAGUUGAGAUAAAUGUCAACAGAUAUUGCGAAACGACCGCGAAACAAAAACAUAUCUGGAAUAGUCUUUCUGAUUAACUAUUGUCAAUAAAUUGAGUAUUGUCCAUUCUCUUAAAAAGUAGUUAAAAAUAACACAUCAUCGUAGUCAUGAGCCUCAACAAUAGCUAGAAAAAUCUAUUUCCAAUGUUACUUAUUUUUCGCGUUUCGUGAUAAUUUUACCGUUGAAAAUUCGUAUUCGGCACAUAUGGAUAAAUUACGCAUAUGUGUGAGUCGUUACAAAUUUUCCGCUAGAAAUUUAUCUUAAUGUUAAUUACGCGAUCGGUUAAUUACGUGUAUAUCGGUAAUCCACGUUGUGCUGCUGCGAAUACUUUACAUUGAAAACGUAAUACUAUCUUAAUAGCCCGACAGAGGCACGUGUUUGUACAGAAACUAAUACCUGAUCGUCUGAAAGUACGUUUUUUCCGUAAGUUUCCUGUGUGUACAUAAAUUAAUGGCAGUUGCUAAAAAUUCGCAAGAUCUUGCGUCGACCGACCAAGAUCCUCCUACCACUGAACUAUUGAACAAU